AUGUGUGCGGAGCAAAAACGUCAACCUAGGAAGCGCCGAGACACUGAGGAGUCGCCACUGUGUGCAUUUCUGGAACGGAUAUUCCACAAUGGCUUUGAAGAGCCGGUCCGUUUCUUCGGCCUUCUGGCGGACAAAAUCCGUGAUGAGGGUGCUGUCCGGGUCCGCUGCCACCGCUGCCUGGUGCGAAGGUGGAGGCUGGUGGCGCGUUCUCGCGUCUUUCCCCUCGCGCCCGUCAAGUGGUUAAAUACCUUCGAAGCGGCAACACGUUUAUUGCAGCAAGGCGAUAACUCCAAUCAAUGGGGGGCUUCGGAAACCACCGCAAAUGGAAGAAUUAGGCCAGGGUAUCUGUCAUUGCCUAAGUUGCGCCUCCAAAACGAAGAUUCGCUGCGCGGCUUGACCCCACACUAA